ACGAUUGUGCUUCGUUGCGGUCUUAGCUCAUGUACGUUCGUCUCUAUCGCACAAACGGUCGAAAGGCCCCGCAUUGAUUGUGAAAAAGUAAUCGUCGCCGUAGUCUUCGUCGGGUCGCCGUUUUUACUCGCAGUGCGCUGGUGCUGCUUAAUUUCGUGACAAGGGACACUCAACCGAAAGAGCCAUAUUUAAGCAUCAAAGUUCUAGAGGCGCAACGCAGCUUUGUGUUUCGUUUUUCGUUCAAUUCUAAGCAGAAGGAUUAUAUAUUGAAUUAAACCCAAUUCUGUGCGAAGAACAAAAGAAAUACGCGAGACACCAACACCAGCACGCAACCAACCAAACACACACAACCAACCAAACACACACACAACCCAGAAAAUCAAAUUUCAAUCAGAAAAUGGCGUUAAAAAGAAUCAAUAAGGAACUGCAAGAUCUGGGCAGAGAUCCACCUGCACAAUGUUCAGCCGGUCCAGUUGGAGAUGAUUUAUUUCACUGGCAAGCUACAAUAAUGGGCCCGCCGGACAGCCCUUAUCAAGGAGGUGUAUUCUUCUUAACUAUACAUUUUCCAACAGACUAUCCCUUUAAACCACCCAAAGUGGCUUUUACAACGCGCAUAUACCAUCCAAACAUCAACAGCAAUGGAUCGAUUUGUCUCGAUAUAUUAAGAUCUCAGUGGUCGCCAGCAUUAACUAUUUCAAAAGUUUUAUUAUCAAUUUGCUCUCUACUCUGUGAUCCCAAUCCAGACGAUCCUCUUGUUCCAGAGAUUGCCAGAAUAUAUAAAACCGAUCGGGAAAAAUACAAUGAGCUGGCACGAGAGUGGACUAGAAAGUAUGCUAUGUGAUGCGUUCCAGAUUGCAGAAGUCCAACAGAAUCAACAAAUUCAACAUCAACAAUAGCAGAAGUAAAAGCAGAUGCAACAACAACAGUAAAAGCAACAAAGAUAACAUCAACAGUUUACAAUAGUCAGAUUCAGAAGAGGAGGAGCUGCAGCAGCGUCAUUGUUACUGGCAAUGGCCGCCGUGCUGUUGUCCACAACAAUUGCCACAAUAUCAGCAGGAACUGCGGCCACCAAAGCAGCAACAACCACAACAACAACAACAACAACACUUGCCACAGCAGCAACAUCACCCGCAGCAGCAACAACAGCAAGAUCAUCAACUGCCGCAGUCAUUUUCGCCGCAGCAGCCGCUGCUACCGCCUUCGCAGCGGCAUUAGCAUUAGGAGCAGCAAAUUUGGCGGCGGUACCAAGAGCAACGGUAGCGGCAAAGGAGUCCUUGGAGCCGCAGCAACAUCAGCAGCAACAGCCGCUGCAGCUGUGGCAGUGGCAACUGGAGCAGUAACUGGCGGAUUGGUGGCGGACAUGCGAUUAAUUGUGUGUUUGACGGAACAGAAACAGAACAGCAUAAACGGAAAUAAUUUAAUAAUAAUUACUGAAAAAAUGAUGUAAGCAUUAAACAUUAAAAGCUAGACAGCUACCAACAACAGCAUCAACAUAAUAAGUUUAAAUACAAAGAAAAACAAAACUACAAAUAAAAAUCAGCUGGAAAAAUUA